UUUCUAUAUUUUUGAUCUGGAUCCAGCCCCGACAAUUCAAUGGAAGUAUGUUACCAGCUACCGGUUUUGCCUCUAGACAGGCCGGUUCCCAAGCAUGUCCUCAGCCGGAGGGGAGCCAUUAGUUUCAGCUCCAGCUCUUCUCUCUUCGGGGCUCCAGAUCCGAGGCAGCUGUCACAGAGACGAGGGGCCAUCUCCUACGACAGCUCCGACCAGACCGCGCUGUACAUCCGUAUGCUAGGAGAUGUGAGAGUGAGAAGUCAGGUUGGGUUUGAACCGGAACGAAGAAGCUCCCACCCGUACCUGUGCAUCGACUUCCGAACUCUCCACACACGGCUGGGAUGGGGGUCCACACCGGCCAGUUCUGGUCCUGAGCGGCGGGUCCACAGACUGCUCAGCUUCCAGAGAUACCUGCACUCGUCCCGCCUGCUGAGGGGACUCCCCCAGCAGAUCCCCCUCCACAUCCUCGACGAAGAUUACACUGGACAGGCUCGAUGCAUGCUGGAAAAAGUUGGGACCUGGAAUUUUGACAUUUUCCUCUUUGAUAGAUUGACAAAUGGAAACAGCCUCAUCACCCUGACCUCCCACCUGCUCAACCAGUACGGCCUGGUGGAGCUCUUCCAGCUGGACAUGGUCAAACUCUGGAGGUUUCUGGUCAUGGUUCAGGAAGACUACCACAGCGGGAACCCGUAUCACAACGCUGUCCAUGCUGCAGACGUCACACAGGCCAUGUACUGCUACCUGCAGGAGCCCAUGCUUGCAAAGUCCCUGACCUCCUAUGACAUCCUGCUGGGACUCCUGGCAGCUGCAACACAUGACCUGGACCACCCUGGGGUCAACCAGCCAUUCCUCAUCAAGACUGACCACUAUCUAGCCAAACUCUAUAGAAAUACCUCAGUACUGGAGAACCACCACUGGAAGUCGGCAGUGGGUCUGCUCAGAGAGACUGGGCUCUUCUCCCACUUGCCUGCUGAGGACAGCCUGAACUUGGAGAGGGAACUGGGCUCCUUAAUCCUGGCCACGGACAUCAGCAGACAGAACGACUACCUGUCCAGGUUCCGCACGCACCUGGACCAGGAGAACCUGUGUCUGAGCAACGCCAGCCACCGUCACUUCAUCCUGCAGAUGGCUCUGAAGUGUGCAGACAUCUGUAACCCCUGCAGGCCCUGGGAGCUGAGCAAGCAGUGGAGCGAGAAAGUGACUGCAGAGUUCUUCCAGCAAGGAGACAUCGAGAAGAAGCACAAACUUGAAGUCAGCCCACUCUGUGACAGAGAGACCAACUCAGUUGGAAACAUUCAAAUAGGCUUCAUGACGUACGUGGCGGAGCCGCUGUUCGCGGAGUGGGCCCGCUUCUCCGACACCCGCCUGUCCCAGACCAUGCUCGGCCACAUGGGGCUGAACAAAGCCAGCUGGGGCGGCCUGCAGCAGGAGCAGACGGCCGUCUCCGAGGAGGCGGAGCCCGCCGCCGCGGAAGACGCCGCGGCGACCGCCGCCGCAGGCGCAGCGGGAGGAACCAGCUCCAAAGAAAUACCUCAGGGAAGCAGAGAAUCCUGACACUCCGCGUGUGCCCUUUCACCUCGACCUCCUGACCCCUGACUCGCGGCCUCACGUACACUGAGGGCCUGGCGGGGGGGCCCGCUGACGGCCCGCAGCCCCGCCCCACCUGAUCUUCACGCCCCGUUUAUGUUUUGUUUGCUUUGGCCUCCCAUCUUGAUAAACCACUGAUUUUAUUUAAUUUAUUUAAUUUUAAUUUCUCUUUUCGGCAUAGAGCAAUACAUAGAUACCUCAUUUGGCUACUGCUGUAUUUUUCUUUUAUUUGCUUUGUUUUAUUUAUUGGUCCACUGUAGUUUUGGCAUUACUGACUGAACAAACAACGUUGUUGUGGGCGAACCUAAAGGGGGGAAAAGCAGUAUGAGAACUGAAGAAGACGAUUUUUUUUUUUUUUUUGUUCCUGGUAUUUUGAAGUGCCAUUUGAAAACAAAGAUUUGAAGAAUGAUCCGAACUGACUGAGACAACUUGGAGUAUUCAGACACGACACCCUCCUCGGACUCUUGAGUAAUGCCGUGUUUGCAUUUGUAUUGAAGAUUCUUCCUCGUGUAAAAACAAACAAACGGGAAAAAAAAAAAAAAAAUGUGACAAGCCCAGUCCUUUUGCUGCCUCUACGAAGACUGUUUACGCAUCUCCUCGUUCGCCGUAUCUUUUCCCUCGAAACUGAAGUGACUCACGUCGGCUCCACGGUUUUGCCUUCGAAGCACCGACGUGAGGAACCACUCGUCCGAACUGUCAUCCCACUGUUGAAGCCAUGAGCAGAACCUUACUCAAACACACCAGAUGCCAUAAAGCGACUCCACCUGCGCUCCGACGUGUUCUUUGCACUCCCGAAUAAACGACGGCGUCGGGCGCGCGGCGGCCUCGCCGCCGCCACCCGUCCGAGACACCCCGAAGAAGGUAUUACUGGGUUUCAGACUCCAGACUGUUCAGUCGCUGCACAUGCAUCUCGCCUGCAACUCCACUCCACGCAACGCCACUCGCUCAGGGUUUUGCCAGUCUCUUUGUAGAGGGAGAGGGAAGAAAUGGAGGCGACUGCGGAUAAUGCAAGGAUGUUCUUUUUUUUGUUUUUUUGUUUUUUUGUCAGCUAAGAUCUACUGAAGGAGACUCCCUCCCCGCAGAAUGUCUCUCACAGCCACAUGAAACCUAAAGGACUGCUCAACCGAUGCCUUAUAACUAUGCACAAACUAUGCUAAGUGACCAAACCAACUCCUGUUCCCAUCAAGUGCAUGGUGUGCUUGUCUCUGAAUGCACUGUCCGAUCCCUUUGCCUUUCUGUCGUGAGGAACAACUCCAGCUAUCCUUUUUUUUUUUUUCUCUUCUUCUUCUUCUUCUUUCUUUUUCUUCUUUUUGUAUGGAAACGAAACGAUCGAAUGAAUUUGAACAUUCCAUUUCUUUUGUGUUUGGUUUUGUCGACUUUGAUUCUGUAUAGUGGCACAAAUUGUGUUUGUGUUUGAACAUUUUGGAAGAUAACAGGUGCUUUUCUUACUUUAGCUGAUUUGUAUUUUGCUGUAAGUGCUGUAAGACUGUUGAUAAAACUGUUUACAAUUUGUUGCGACAGCCAUUUUUUGGGAAGACUUCAGUGUCGAGCCAGAUUUUGUAAAGGCUUUGCUGUAUUGACCUUUUUGAUACAUGCCUGUUGCAGUUACGAUUUGAAUAAUAAAACCUGUUGUUGAUGAA